AUGUCCUUUAUCACAGCCUUUGGCGAUCGUGUAUUCAUCGGUGCUGGAGAUUUGAUCCGCACUUUUCGAAUUGGCAAUGAAUCCGUACCUGAAUUAUUCAUAAGUUGGUCCGAACUCAACCCUGAUCGCAUUCAAAAGCCAGACUUCGAAGCUGAAAAAGAUUUGAAAGCUGUCGACAAAAAAGUUAUCCUCUGUCUUGCUCAUUCCAAUGUGCUUUCCGCUCAUGGACGCCGUCUAGUUGCUGUCGGAACAAAUGAGAAACAAAUUCACGUCUUUGAAUACUUCGUUGAUACCAAUGGGGUCAUUGUCAAAUCAGAACAUAUCGUCACCUCAGUUGUUCCAAAAGCUCCAACAGCCAUCGUUUUCGAUAAGGAAGAUGCGUAUGUUGUUGUUGGCGAUAGAUCAGGAGAUGUUCAUCGUUUUUCCGUUUUGAAUGGAAGUGCUAUUGAAAUGGCUGGGGCUAUUUCUAUGAUUCUCGAUGUAGCAUUCAGUCCAGACGGAAAAAGAUUGCUGAUGGCUGACAGAGAUGAAAAAGUGCGAGCGAUGAGAUAUCCUUCUACAUACGUGAUUGACGCAUACUGUCUCGGACACACUGAAUACGUCAAGACAUUGGCCAUUCAAGAUAAUGAUUCAGUCUGGAGUGCUGGUGGUGACAAGAAUUUGUACAACUGGAGCAUUUUUGACUGCUCAAAGCCUCGCCGUGUUGUUGAUCUGUCUGAAUUUGAUGCACCGAUUCGCAAGAUUUCAAUCAACUUGCAAUACAAAAAAAUCGCAGUCGUGUUUGAGAAGAAGGAAAAUGUAGCCAUUGUUGAUAUCGAGCAAGAACCUGCAAAGACAAGAGCUCUUCCAAUUACCAAUGAAACACAGUGUCUCGAUAUUGCUUCCAGUGGUCAAUUUUUCAUAACUCUGGGAAAAUCUACCAUAACUUUGAUUGACUUGACCUGUUUGAAACAACACACAAUUGCAAUUGACGAUGAACUCAUCUCCGCCUUGACAACUACUGAGGAUGCUGUGGAUAAUCUCUUCAAGAAUGUUACUCACAAUAAUCAACAGGAGUAUGAGAAACGAAAGGUGAUUAAGAAAAAAUGCCUAACCGCAUAUUAA